UAAAUGUAUGAAUAAUGACUGACAUCACUCAUAAUGAAGAAAAUAUGAAUAAGAAAUGAGGUGACAUUUAUUUCCCCUAUUGAUUGGCAGAAAUUAAAGUUGGAUAAUCCUAGAGCUGAUGAGAUGGUGGGAAAUGAACGCUCUGGGGCACUGUAGGUGGGAAUGGGACCGGCAAAAGCAGUGGGAAUGGCAGACAGCGGAAAAAUACAUGGGGACUUCAGGUCUCCCAAUUAUCAGACUCAACUAUAUUUACUAUGUUUAAAGAAAGGCUUAAAAAAUAUCUGCAGGGAAUAGAAUAUAUUUUUUAAAAAGAUCAAUCUAGAAUAGUUGAAAAAGAACCAAAUAGAAAUUGAAGAAUGAAAAACAUGUAUUAAUUAAAACAAAAACAAAGUUUGGAUUUGAAACAUAGGAGAAACAGCCGAAAAGUGGAUUCUGCUUCUCCCCUGGGCCCAGCCGGCUGGAAGUGAGACAAGACGGUGUCAGGCCGGAAGGAGGCCAUUUUGCAUACAUGAAGAUUAUUCACAUUCUGAGUCAAUCCAAACCAGAGUUUAGACUGAUUUAUCAAUCCAGUUUUAUUUCUAACCCCUUCAUUCUAAACCCCGAUCCUGAACCAUCAUUUUCAAUUUUGCUUCUGCCCUACGCCUUGCACAAAGCACGGUAGCGCGGAAUAGUCUCGUGUUGACAGUCUGGACUCUUAAGCCCUUCGAGGGCGGCGCCGUGUCCGGUCGUGUGUCCAGAGAUACACCGAGUCCUUUCCACAGAGGGGAAGCAGGUGCAAAGGCGCGGAGGCGCAAAGGAGGCCGGCGACAGAACGCCUCGAGGAGCGCAGUCAGCCCCGGAGGAGGAGCCCCUCGUGGUCCCGCCGCGGCGGCUUGGGAACCGCGCGCUGCAACGAGCGACCAUCGAGAUGCGCCUCCGAGCAUCCUAGAGAGGAAACGGAAGCGGUGCUUUUUCACGCACCUGUCUGACAGCGUCCUCAGAUCACUUCCGGUCCGCGGAGGGCACGGGUGAGGGCGGUGGAGCACACCAUCACAUGUAAGCCACCAGCAAGUUUGUUGGCUUUACCUUCAAAGUAUGUCUUGAUUUUAUCUGCUGCUUUGCCACCACCCUCAUCUAAGCCUUUGUCAUCUCCUGCUUGAACUGCCGGUUCUCAGAAGACUGUCAUUUUCAGUCUUCUGCGAGGGAGCGUGAAGAUGCUUAAAGAGCGUCCAGGGAUGGCAGAAGAGCCUCAGCAGCAAACCGGUGUUCCUGUGGUAAAACUGGAGAAAGAGUUGCCAUGGGGCAGGACAAGGGAAGACUCCAGUCCUGAGACUUUUCGUCUGAGAUUUCGGCAGUUCCGCUACCAGGAGGCAGCUGGACCCCAGGAAGCUCUUAGAGAGCUCCAAGAGCUCUGUCGUCAGUGGCUGAGGCCUGAGCUACAUACCAAAGAGCAGAUCCUGGAGCUGCUGGUGCUGGAGCAGUUCCUGACCAUCCUGCCCCGGGAGUUCUACACAUGGAUUCGGGAGCACAGCCUGGAGAGUGGCAAGGCCCUGGUGGCCAUGGUGGAGGACUUGACAGAAAGAGCGCUAGAGGCCAAGGCGGUUCCAUGCCAUGUGCAGGGAGAGCAGGAGGAGACAGCACUUUGCAGAGGUGCUUGGGAGCCUGGCGUCCACCUGGGGCCAGUAGAGGUCAAGCCCGAGUGGGGGAUACCCCAUGGGGAAGGAGUUCAAGGCCUAGACCAAGGCACUGAGGAGCGGCUCAAUCAGGACCCUGGAGACAGGACACAGGACUUCCAGGAGCAGGCUCUGCCUAUUCUUCAGGCGGGUCCUGGCCUCCCCUCAGUGAAUACCAGAGACCAAGAGGUGGCAGCUGGGUUCUUUACAGCUGGAUCCCAGGGGUUGGGACCAUUUAAAGAUAUGGCCUUGGUCUUUCCUGAGGAGGAGUGGAGGCAUGUGACUCCAACCCAGAUAGACUGUUUUGGGGAAUACGUGGAACCACAGGACUGCGGAGUCUCAGCAGGCAUUGGGAACAAGGAAAAAGAGGCCAAACCCCAGCAGGAAGAACUGAAAGGGGCUUUGGCUGCACUGCCGACUGAGAGGUUUGGGGAAGCUGAUCUCCAGGGCUCUGGGCUGGGACGGGCCUGUGAGCAGGAGCCAGGUGGCUCUGGGGGUGGCGUGCCCGGGCUUGCUCCUCCCCAGCAUGGUGCUCUCCCCCUGCAUGAUGACCUCAAAACCCACAGCUCCUUCUGGAAGCCUUUCCAGUGCCCUGAGUGUGGAAAAGGCUUCAGUCGGAGUUCCAAUCUGGUCAGGCACCAGCGAACCCACGAGGAAGAGAAAUCCUAUGGCUGCAUGGAGUGUGGGAAAGGCUUUACUCUGAGAGAGUACCUGAUGAAGCACCAGAGAACCCACUUGGGGAAGAGACCCUACGUGUGCAGUGAGUGCUGGAAAACCUUCAGCCAGAGACACCAUCUGGAAGUCCACCAGCGCAGCCACACUGGGGAGAAGCCCUAUAAGUGCGGGGAUUGUUGGAAGAGCUUCAGCCGGAGGCAGCACCUGCAGGUGCACCGGAGGACACACACUGGGGAGAAGCCCUACACCUGUGAGUGUGGCAAGAGCUUCAGCAGGAACGCCAACCUGGCCGUGCACCGGCGUGCCCACACCGGGGAGAAGCCAUAUGGGUGCCAGGUGUGUGGGAAGCGCUUCAGCAAAGGGGAGCGGCUGGUCCGACACCAGAGGAUCCACACAGGAGAGAAGCCCUACCACUGCCCUGCUUGUGGGCGAAGCUUCAACCAGAGGUCCAUCCUCAACCGGCACCAGAAGACCCAGCACCGCCAGGAGCCCCCAGUGCAGUGAAGGCACCACGUGGCAGGCAGUCUUGUUGGAGGGGCAUCAUUCAUCUUACUGAAGGGCCUUGGGGGUGUGGGGUGGUGGCCUGCAGGAAGGCCCUUUGGUGCAUUACCCUUCCACCUGUUCUCAAACGUAGGAAAAAGACAAGGCCUAGUUUACUUAGAGCUUCCAGAGAGCAUAGCUGAGUCCAUCUCUUACCCAAGUGGUGCUAACAGUUUUUCUUACCAUCUUUUAGGGAAACGAUCUCCUGAGCUUUCAUUCAGGCUGAGGUUUCUAUCCUUCAAUGGGGUGUUUACUUGCUGAGCAAUGCUAGCAGUAAAGGCAAAACUUUGUCACAUGUUGGCAGCUGGUGCCUCAUUUUUCUGAGUGUUCUUUCCUGCCUGCAUGAUCAUUAGCUCAGCCUCUCCUGCUCCCCCACCCACUCUCUCUUUUCCAUGUGGCAAAUAUUUAUUGAGCACCUACUAUGCUGCUAGCCCUGGGAAUACAGUGGAGUAGGAGACAGACAACACCUAGUUCUCACAGAGGUUUUGCUGUGAGGCGGGGACACACACCAACUGUCAGUAACCCAAAGUAUUCUCAAGUGCACCUGUGCUAAAUGCUGAGAGAGUGUCUUGUCUGUUCAUUCUGCCCUGCCUGCUCCUGCACUGGACCUUCCCACCCCAGUUGGGAUCUUCUCUCAGGCAGCCUCAUUUAUUUUGCCCCAUUUGUAGCCUCUUUCAUGUCUGGCUGUAAUGUUCUACCCUCAUCUUUAAAAUUUCUCCAUUUGUUACUCCUUGCACUGUAACAACUGUCAACAUAUAAACUAUUAGGAAAUUAAUAUUUUGGUAUUGAUCAUCGAAUAAAUAUGAGAGUAUUUUAAGAAACAUUCUGUUCUGUAAAAAGAUCUCAUUAAAUAAGUUUCAAAGAUGAACUGGUAUUAAUGCCCUAUAUUCGAUGGCACUUUACAGUAUACAAAAUACUUUGCUCUAUUUCUCAUUUGAUUCAUUCCACAAGUAUUUAUUGAGGCUCUGUAAUGUGCCAGGAACUCUUGUGGGUGUUUGAGAUACAUUCAUGAGUAAAAUGGGGGUAAAAUUCCUGACUUUGUAGAGCUUACACUUUAGUGACUGUACUUUAUCUUCAGAAUCUGUGGAUACUCUUGUGAAUCCUCUGCACCUGGGGUCUGAGUCUGUAUUCUGGGUCCUGUCAGCAUCUUGCCCUGAAAGCAUUUGCUACCUACCUCUGGUUACUGAAUGGUCUCUGUUCUCUAGACCCUUGUCAUCCAAGACACUGGGGGUCCUGGAUGCCAACUGGGGAUGAUGAGGUGGUUAGUGACCUGUUUUGCAUGAGUGCCAAUUCAGGAAAAAUAAAGACAUUUGUAGGCAUUUAAAAAAUACAUUUCUUUGAAAAUGAGAAGAUGCAGUGUUUUUAACUGUUUAAGCUUCCUUACGUUGCCAACACUGGAGUGUUUCCUUUCUGUUUAAGAUUCUGUAAACUGCGUAACUCGCAUGGACUGCCCUGCUGUGUCGUUGUUGUGCUGUGCCUUUGAACACUGGCUGCUGAGUGAGUUUGUCUUUUGACAGUGUACUGUAAUUGUAAAAUGUUGUCUCCUGGUGCCUCUUAAUGUCAUAUUUUUUUACUGAGAUUUUUUUUUUCCAUUUUCUACUGUAUAUAAGAUAAAUGGUAACAACUGACACAGUUGUAUUACUCAGCCCACUUUGGAACACAUGAUUUUGUUCCAUUUUUUUGGCAGGCAGCUGUGGUGUUUAAUUUUGAUUUAGCAAAUUACCUUCCUGGUUCUUCUGGCCCAUUGGCUAUGCCCAGGAGGCUGUGCUGACCGAGUGUAUCUGAGAUGUACACCGGGCUGCUGCUGCUCCUCAGCCAUGUGUGCCAAGGUCUGUCUGCAAAAUCAGUUCUUUUUUCCCCAGUUCUCAGACAAAUGAGGCAAGGCUAUGUGGGGCUGACUGGGCCUGAGCAUGACCUUCCCCAGAGCUCGAUAUCCCAAAGUGAGGCAGGGACUGUGGAGGUGGGGUUGGGAGAGUGGCUGGGAGUUGCUCAUCAGUGGUCUGUUCACCUGAAUUAAAUUGUUCAUGCACUUUGAUUAUACACUCAGCCAACAGGCCUCUGGGUUUUCAGUAAGUUGGGAAUCUCUUGACAGAAGCUCCAGUAGGACCUGGGCCUUGCUGACUUUCCCAUCUGGCCUCUUUCUCUAUCUGCUGUGAAGCCAAAACUUAUGGACAAUGUCUCAAAAUAAGCCUCAAUUAAAGGGGAGUUUUUCCCAUGGAA